GCAAUGCUGGCUUGAACUCGCUGGAUCACACGCCUAUGGAGGCCGAUGAUGAGAAGGAUAUGUAUGAGAGCAUGCUGACCCCAGAGUUCAUCAGUGCGCGACGCAGGGAGAUCAAGGAAAUCAAAGGUCGGGGACACGUCUUCACCUUUGUGAACAUGUCUGGCGGCCGCGUCACAGAGAUGGAGGAAGUCCUGGUCAAAAUGUCCCAGCAGAAGCACUUGAACGCUUUCAAUUGCCGUGAGAAGCAUGAGGUGCAUACUCUGCUAAGUCAUGUGAUGCCGGGUCGCAGCAAGAUGGCUGACCUGAAGCAGCUGAUCAUGGCAAAGUUGCAGGAAAAGGGACUCCUUAAUGCCAAAGGGAAGAAGAUUCCAACCAAAGGAAGGUCAAGGGACAAUCUCGACCCUGGCACUGUGGCACAGGAAUUGCAUGAGGAGUUGUACGGUUUGCCCACCCCCAAGAAACCAAUCGCUCAUGCCAGUUCCAAUGAGAUCGCCCCCACUGAACUGGAACUGGACAGCACUAGCUCUGACGAAGAAUCGACAAGUGGAAAGCCGAAAGAUAAGCAGCCUUCGCCUGCUGCCCAACAGCAAAUGAGAAGGGCAUCCCGUGCCAAAGGAGAUCCUAACGAUGAGGAGCAAGAGGAAGAUCCUGAUGCAAAAUGGAAAGAAGAAGCAUAUGAUGAGGAAGGUCCAAGAAAAGGCAAGGGCAAGGGAAGAGCCAGAGGGAAAGGACGUUCUCCCAAAGCCAUCAAGACUGCAAAGGAAGCAUUGAAAAAGAAAGUUUCGCCACAGGAGCUUUUGGAAGAUGCCGUCCCUGACAUGCGCCUCUUUCAUCCACCAGAUGGGUUUGCCACCAAGAAGUGGGGUCCUCAGAUUGCGAUGGAUCGAGGGGCUUCGAUGUAUGUCUACAAAGUGCCUGCAGCCCGUGUGGAGAAGCUGAAUAAGUUGAAUAUUGCCAAAGUCAACAAGCUGACCGGUGUUAGUUUGGGAUGGGCACGAUUUGGUGGAGUUCGCGAAGCGUGGGCAGUGGCCAUGGCUGUGGCUGGUUGGGUAAGCUUGGAAAAAGGAGCAAAGAAGCCUGAGUCAGAGGUGGAUGGGGACAUGGGGCGCCCACACCCCCAAGCCAAGUCGCCUUUUCGGGACAGCGUGCGAUCCCCAGAUGCAGCGCCUUGGGCGGAUGCCCUCUACCGCAAAAUGACAAAGGCAAAGAAGAAAGGAGCCCUACGUGCGCAAUUCCUGAAACAUGCGCCGCUGCGACCUGCAGAGAAGGCGCCAACAAUUGACGACACUAUGUGGAAGCAUGCUGACCUUCAGCCGGUCUUGGAGUUUCUGCGGGAGCAAAGGAAUGCAGGAACUUACGCAGCCUUGUUGAAGGCUGCCCAGAGAAAGCAACGGUGCGCAAAGCCCAAGGAUCCUGAGACAGACGAAGGAUGCACAAGUGGCGUGCCCACCAUCAAAGCUGAUGAUACAGCAGUGGAGGAAACGAAGAAAGCACUGGCUGAGAUUGGCAGUCACCCACCCAAAAGGUUAAAGAGGUCAAAUGAGGACAACUUCGAAAGAUUUGACUCCCAGGCCACUUUAGUGCUAGGAAGCGAAGACCAUCUUGAUGGAACUCCCAGAUAUGAGGCAGCUGAAGGUUCAGCUGGGGAAAGACUUGAAGGUGGUGAUGAAGUCAAGCCAAAUCACCCACGAGAGAAGAAAGCCAAAAAAGACAAGAAGGAGAAGCGUAAGAAGGAAAAGAAAGAGAACAAGGAAACAAGGACAGGGAAUGUGGACCGUCCCACCAAGGUGAAUGCUGCUGUCUCUGAGGACGACGGCGAAUGGGACGGCGAAGAACUACUUCCUCGGACGCUCGACUUCGAGAACAUGGAGCUGGACAUUGAAAGCGAUGCCCCUGAGGACUUGGAAGCUAUUCAGAGCGACUUAUGCGAGACAGUUGAUGACACCUUGGUUGAUGACAGCUUGGCUGACGAGAUGGGGGAGCCCAAUGGCCAGUCGGUUGAAGAGAUCAAAAAGAUGCUUUACCGCGAGCUUGAGGAGACGAAUAAAAAAGACCAGUCGAUGGAGAAGAGGGAGGAAUACAAAAAGCGAUUGGCAAAACAGAUUGAUGAAGAUGAACAGAAAGCAAAGGUGAAGAAGGAGGAGGCAGCCAAGAGAGAAAAGGAACUGAUCGAGAAGGAACUCAGAGACGAUGAGACCAGAGAGAAGUCAAAGGACAAGAGCCGCAAAGGAGCCAGACAAGCGUUAGAAAACCUCAAAGCACAGCUGGCCAAGGAGAAGGAGAUCCGAGCAAAGGCAGACAAAGAAGCUGAAGAGAAGGAGACGCAGGCCAUGUUGGCCAAAGAGAAGGAGAUCCGAGCAAAGGCAGACAAAGAAGUUGAAGAGAAGGAGACCCAGGCCAUGUUGGCCAAGGAGAAGGAGAUCCGAGCAAAGGCAGACAAAGAAGCUGAAGAGAAGGAGACCCAGGCCAUGUUGGCCAAAGAGAAGGAGAUCCGAGCAAAGGCAGACAAAGAAGCUGAAGAGAAGGAGACCCAGGCCAUGUUGGCCAAGGAGAAGGAGAUCCGAGCAAAGGCAGACAAAGAAGCUGAAGAGAAGGAGACCCAGGCCAUGUUGGCCAAGGAGAAGGAGAUCCGAGCAAAGGCAGACAAAGAAGCUGAAGAGAAGGAGACCCAGGCCAUGUUGGCCAAAGAGAAGGAGAUCAAGGAAAAGGCAAACAAAGAAGCUGAAGAGAAGGAGAACCGAACGCAACGACCAGUGUUGAACGGACACAGUGAUGAGGAUGAAAGACCCAAGAAAAGACAGCGGACCCCAGCACAACUCAUCAUUCACAAGCAGAAGAUGAGUUCCAGGAGCCCUCCGGAGAUCCGCUCUAUGGCUGCCAACGCACGUGGAAGCAUCUCGACUUGGGAUGGUAACAACAAGAUGGACAUGCUGCAGGUUCUUUGGGAGCAGUGGAUUCAAUCUGCUGGACAAUGGGACAAGAGCGAGCUGGUUGUCCAGGCAAGGUCAACAAUCAAGGGUACCAAAACAGGAGCCAGACGCUGGAUGCUCAAGUCCGACAUCGUUCAGAAGUAUGGUGACGAAUCCAUAGCCGAGGAGCUCAUCCGAGCCAAGGAGUCUGACCCCAAGCUUCGCCAGACCCAGGUGAGAGACCACCCAGAGCUUCCACACAGAGUUGACUUGAGGCUCUACCUCUGCUGGGACUCCAGCCAUGAGAGUGACACGGAAGAUGUUGUCAUCGAGCAAAUGCUGAACUGUGUGCAGAAGGACUCUCACGGACGUGGACGGGGCAAAGACAAGAAGUCCCGCAAAGACAAGAAGAAGCGCAAGCAAACAACUUCUUCGAGCACCAGCAGCCGAAGCAAGUCCACCAAGUCGAUGUCCAGCAAGUCAAGCAAGACCAGCAGCAGCGCAUCGUCGAAGGCAACGAAGGCAACAAAGGCAACCAAAGUGUCGAAGAAGAGCAAGAAAGCUAAGAAAGACAAGAAGAUCAGUAAAAAGACCAAUAGGAAGAGCCCUUCGCCAGAGGGACGAAAGUUGACCCAAGCACAGAUUGAGAAGGCAGAGAAAGAAAGAGUGAAAGCAGAAGAGAAGGCAGAAAAAGAAAGGAAGAAGGCAGACGAGAAGGCGGACAAGAAGAAACAGAAGGAUGAGGAGACUCAAAAGAAAAAAGCUGAGAGGGAAGCAAAGCAGAAGAUUGAGAAAGAGAAGCAGAAGGUCAGGGCAAGUGGCAAGAAGGCUCUGAACCAAGUGCAGCAGGCCCUCCAGGAUCCUGCAAAGAAGGAAACAAAGGUUGAAUCCAUGCAACCUGGGUUGCAUGUGAGGGCCGCUGGCUUCCGAGAUGCAGCCAAAGCCGUGCUGCAAGAGCAGAAAAAUCCCUUGAGGACAGCAAGAGCCGACCUGCAGGACGCCAUCGACAAGGAUGAGGAAACGGUCACAAUCCGAGCACCUCUGGCAAACCCAAAGCUGGACCCCCCUUAUGAGAUGAAGGACUUGAAGCUUUUAGAGCCCUUCUCGGUGGUCAGAUAUAUGUUUUGCGAAGCUGGACUUGCUGUGGACUAUGAAGCUGUGAAGAAAUUCUGUGCUCACCAUUGGGAAGUGGGUUCGCCCUGGGCCAAGGACACCACUGCAACGGAUCAGCACAUUCCCUUGGGGUUACAUGGGGACGGUGCCAAGAUAAGGAUGAUGUUGGUGGAAUGUGGCGUGUUUGGUGCCCGGAACCUUUCACUGCAACAACGGUUGGAUUCUGCAUACAAACGUUUCAAAGAGUUUUGCAAGAUACGAAAGAUCCAAAGCUCCCAGGUAUGCAAGAAAACUGGUGAGAUGCUCUUGACCGCGAAAGCGUACAACGGCCGACGCUUCAACAAGCAAAACGUGUGUACCGUGAAG